AACAAUUUAAAAAAUAGCAGUUUACGAGUUAUCAUCAUGUCUUAUUCAUUUGCGGUACAGAAACCUAAAGAUACCAUCACCAUCAUAUAAUUCACAACCCUAAUCGAGUUAGGAAACAAAUUUCCUGUCCUUUUUCUCUUGUGAUUCCAAUCAUGUCUCUUCAAACCAGUGUGGAGAGUGCUGAUUUUCCUGUUAUUGAUAUUUCACAGUUUCCCGUUGAAUCUGAUAGUGAAGAUUUGAACCAUCUCCAAGAUCUUGAAUUGAUUGGUAAAGUGAGAGAAGCUUGCAAAGAAUGGGGAUUUUUCUUCGUUGUGAACCACGGAAUUGCAGCAGAUCUUGUGGAAGAUGUCAUGUCUCAAAUCCAGCAAUUAUGUGCAAUGCCUGCUGAAGUUAAAGCAAGAGUCAGCACCACUGCUUACAGAGCUCCUCCACCUUGGAAUUUAAGCUUUGACCUCCCUAACUUGCCUCAUUUAGAUUCAGUUCAAGAAAUGUCUCAGAAAAUAUGGCCUGAAUAUGGAAACCCUAAAUUCUGCGAGAAGAUUGGAACGUACGGCAUCAUGGUGGACGAUCUGUUAAGAAAAAUUUCUAAAAUCAUUCUUGUCAGCUUGGAUUUAGAUAUCAAGACUUUUUAUCAUUCUGCUUUCGAAAAGUGUACAAGCAACAUACGAAUAAAUUCUUACUUGUCGAACGAAAAUUCUAUGGAAGAAGAGAUUCUGCAUUCCCACACAGAUACCGGUUGCCUUACAAUCCUGCACAAUGAUAAUCAGCAGGGCCUCCAGGUCCUAUCCAGACAAGGGAAGUGGCUCGAUGUCAAUCGUUUACCUCAUUCCUUUGUUGUCAAUGUUGGGGAUUCUCUUAAGGCAUGGAGCAAUGGCAGAUUCCACAGUUCAGCGCAUAGAGUUGUUUACAGAGGAUGGAAGCAUCGAAUAUCACUGGCCACUUCUUUCUAUUUUCCACACGAUCACAAGAUUUGGGCUCCAGAGGAGCUUGUGGAUGAACACCACCCACGACUUUACAAGCCUUAUACUUACUCCGAGUACAGGCUAAAUUAUGAUCCUACCAUUCACUCCAAAGAAGCUAACCGCAUUCAGUUCCUUGAUGUAUUUGCAGGUAUAUAAUAUAUAUACUUGUUUGCUCGCUUUAAAUGAAGGCUAUGGACUGUCACCUGCUCCCAUGGGUUCUAUGAUCUGUAGAGAAUCCCAAUGCAUUAGAAACAACUAGAGGAUAAACACUUAAUCCACAUUUUUGUCCUCGAAGUUCAGGAGUUCAAUCAUUUGGCAGGCUUGCUCUUAUAACCAUAGACAAUCCUCUAUAAUAAAUGUUAUUGUAUAAUAAAAACUAUUUGUUUGUUCGUU